CUUCUUAAGAAAGUGCGGCAGUUCUUCAGAGAACGUCUUUAGUAUUUAAUAUCUAUAUUUCAAUUAAAAUAUAGUUUGAAGCAAAAUGUUGCGAUUUAUUAUUCUUGGAAUACUUAUUGCUUUAUCGGCGGCUCAGUUCCAACCGUCUGGAAGGAUCUUGGAACCACCAAUUCCUGCCCUUUGUGCACAAAGAGUUAUUCAUGAACGUUUUAAUGGCAAGGGUUACUAUUAUUCGUGGGCUGAUCCAAGAACAAGUGGACAGGAAGUUGAUUGGCUAUCAGGAAGGAAUUUUUGUAGACAAAGAUGUAUGGACCUUGUUUCCUUAGAGACAUCUGCAGAAAAUGAGUUUAUUAAAAGCCGUAUUGUCCAAAAUAAUGUGAAAUAUAUUUGGACAUCUGGUCGCCUUUGUGAUUUCAAAGGGUGCGACAGACCUGAUCUUCAGCCACUUCAUAUUAAUGGUUGGUUCUGGACUGCAGAGUUACAAAAAUUAGCUCCAACUACCGAUCGUUCUCAGAAUGAUUGGUCUGAAAGUGGAGGUAUUGGAAAACCACAACCAGAUAAUCGUGAAGCUAUUCAACAAGGAGGUGCUCCUGAAAAUUGUUUAGCUGUAUUGAAUCAAUUUUAUAAGGAUGGAGUGAACUGGCACGAUGUUGCUUGCCACCAUAAAAAGCCAUGGGUGUGUGAAGAAAAUGAGUCGUUGUUAAAAUAUAUCCGCUUCACUAAUCCAAACAUUCGUGUUUAACGAUCUGUCAGUUGCCGAAUUUAUGCCUUGACUUAAUCUUAUGUAAUUUUUAUGAUACAAGGAUAAAUGACAUGGACAAUAGAUUUAAUGAAAAACAUGAUUAAUCAUAAAACAUACCGACUGCUACGCUGAAAACUACUAAGGGUAUAAUUACUUCAUUUUUCAGUUUAUUUAUUCAGCUUCCUAUUUCAUGUUAUUAGUAAAAUAUUACAGAUACAGAAGAAUUUUCUUUAUUUUGGUAUUUUACAAUUGUUUGAUGGUGUUGAAUUUGUGGCACCUGUUAUGGGCAGCCACUAGUGCAGUUGAUGCAUUAAAUAAUGAAAAUCUAUUUUAGCAUGUAACAAUGCAUAGUUCAAGAAAAUAAAUUUAUCCAGUCUGUUAUUUAA